UUGAAUGUGAAUCUUCUUUUACCGCAGGUUUGAUCACUUCAUCGUGAUGAUCUCAGUUCUGUUUUCCUGUAUCAUGAUACAAGAUUGUGGAGGUUUGUGUUGAGGUUUUGGUCUCUGUUUCAGAAUUGUUAAAUCCCUAAAAGCUGUUGAAUGGUUUUGAUGCUUUUCCUUUCUUCACCCCAAUGCUAUGGAGGUGAAUGGAAUUUAUUUUGCAGUACUGAAAUGAACAGAAAUGUGUCUUUCCAGAUAAUAAUGGACGGUUUACUAUCUUCAGAGACAAGAACAGAUGCUACAGUCUCCACAGAGCCCUGAUGUCAGCAUCAUGCAGUCAGUCUUUCCAUGGAAAAUGUGGCAGUUUCUCCAAGAUGUUAACAACAACCUACCUGUCAGGUAUCUUGAAAAAUUAUGUGCAGGUGUAGAGAGAAUGGGCAGAUACUGAUUGUAUGAGGUGAACUCAUGGAUAAAAAGUAUUCAUGGCACUAUCAUUGAAUCAUUCUCACUUCACUUUUAGUGCCUACAUUUUUUUAGUACUGUAAAUCAUUCUGAAACUGAAUUGCCAGACCUUGCAGAUCCUCAUUGGUCUGUAUGGAGGAGGUCAUUGCAAACAGACCGUUACAAACAUGGAUUAAUCACCUGAUAUUAGCCUGUUUUCAUCCAUCUGUUCAGGCACAGAAUGCAAAUAACUGGAAAAUAUAAAUAUUGAAACAAACUCAUUUUGACCAAAUACAACCAACUCCUUGAAAUUUGUUUAUUUGUAUGUUUCUUUGCUCUACAGGGAGUUGGUUUUUUAUUACAUGGGGCUGUUUUACGCACAUGUUGCUCCUUAAACCAAACGGUGAAGCUGAGAUAAAUUGCUGUGACCCGUGGAGUUAAACACAAUAGGAUUAAAACCAUGUGCUCCUGCCAUAAUGUAAUUAAGGACUGUUAAUUAAUCAGCAUCAGUUUAGGACCCCCGAAGGUCCGCGGUCUCCAGUUUGAGAACCGCAACUGGCUUCAAAUGCUGAAACAAAAAAAAAAUUGUCACGUGUGCGUCGUCACUUGUCACCCGUCUUUCCCACGGUCGCCAGCAAGCAUCAAAGGGUUUUCACACGCAAAUGCAGACGAACUGCGGCACUAAACGGGGCGCCAGCACGAGGCAGCGGUCCAAAUGGCACGCGUGGCCUAUUGUGACACGGAGGUGUUAAUGCAAAAUGUUAACCACUGUUACACCUCCACCCUGCGGACCGACUAGCAAAUGCAAAGGCGCCAAGUGUGAACGGCGAGGUGUCGGCACUCGCCGUAAGUGAGCGCACGAUUUAUAUUAAUAGAAACGAGAGAAAAUAAAGACGGAGCAUUUAAGAGAAAAAAAAAGAAAAAGAAAAGGCCGAAGUCUAACACAUGAGAUGGACGCAGUAAGAAGUAGGCAGGCUUUAACUCUGAAGGUUUUGCCGUGGAGGAGAUAUGUCACAGGUUUUGUUGGAUUAAUAAACAGAUGGAUUGAAGUGUCAACUCAUACAGUAACUCGCACCUCAAAUGGUGCAGCAACACAAAUGGUCCAUGUGCUCCCAGUGGUGCAGCUUGUCAUGAUUUCACCUCAUCCAAAUCUCUGUGUUGUCCAGUCUUUUACCAGGCUGCUGAAAACAUACAAUCAGAAAACCUGAAAAUCUCUAACGUGAUAAAAUAAAAUAAAAAUAAAAGCACAUCAGGAAAUCCCCAAACUAAAAUUAUUAUGACUCUGAAUUAGUUUUCAAUUGGUCCGUGUUAACUAUGACAACUAACCAUGACAAGAUUCGUGAAGAAUUAAGUUUUAUACUACAAAAAGUAAUACCUGAAUUCCCAUAAAUCUCCUGUAAAGUCAUGCAGGUUAAACUACAGAGCACUUUGUCUGUAAAACUGCAAUUUAAUCUGGUAUCAGAGGAAAAGAUGGUUCAAAUUCAUUCAUUAGAGAGGUUACCACUUUCCAGCAUUUUCACAUUAAGUACGACUGAUUUCAUUCAAAAGGAAACAAAUUCAAACUAAAAUUUUCUAGAUUAAAUGGUAACAUUUUAAACCCUGUACUUUCCUGUAAUUUUACGCACGCGUUUUUACGCACGGGUUUGCGCGUAAUAUUCAUUUCAUAAACUUCUGUCUUUUUGCGUGUCUUAAGCACAACGAGGCUUCAGAUAAAUACAUUGGAUGAUGAAUAUAUUUAAUUUAUUUUUAAAUGUACUGCACUGGAUGUAACAAACGGUGGGAGUGAGGAGGGGGUUGGUGCGUGGCUGGGGUGGAUGGGGGACGGAUCGUAAAAUCUGGGAGGUGCAGUAGGAGGAGCCUGGGGGGGCUCGCCGGGAGGAGGUAAAAGAAGCACUCUGGGACUUGAGCCUUCAUUACCUGAUCAGCUGCGAACUGUGAAGGAGCUUCUCUGACCACUGGAUGAGGACAGACAACAUUGGACCAUCAGCUACUAUGAAACUGUUACAGGAAACUGAGGAUGCAACAAACGACAGAAAGUUCAUAAAAUCUCAGGUGGAGAAACGUCGAAGGGAGAGGAUGAACCGCAGUCUGGAGCGUCUCAGAUCCAUGUUGCUGCAGGAACCACCACAACUGGGUGGGACUCAGCAAAGAGUGGAGAAAGCUGAGAUACUGGAACACACAGUCCUCUUCCUCCAGAACACUGCCAAAGGAGACAAAACGAGAGCUGGAGGUGGCGGCGGAGGCCAGAAACACUCCUUCCAAGACGGCUUCUCCACCUGCCUGCAGAGAGCCGCUCAGUUCCUGGGACCUGAGGGGAAAGGCCUGUGGCUCGGAGCAGCGCUGGACGCAUCUUUUGCUUCUCGCUUUGCCCGUUCAGACUCUGACUCCGCCAGCAUCCAAAGGAGAACCGAGGCCAGUUCCUCCUCCAGCUCUCUGCCACAGACAAAGUCCAUUCUUCAGAUGCUCAGGCAGAAGUCUAAGCACAGACUGCAUACGCGAGCCUUCGGCGUGAACGGUUUUGCUCACCCUUACCGACAGCCAGUCCAGCAAGGGUUCCCCAGAGUUCCCCGAAAGCCUCAGAAACAGAGUCAGCUUGAGAUCAGGGUGGCGAGUCGAGCAAGCAAACAGAGCCCGACCCAGAGCUGCCCGGUCAGCCAGACUUUGUGGAGGCCCUGGCCCUGAUCGUCAGGCAGCGACCUCUGAACCUGAACUUUUAAUGACUCUAACAACUGAUUAAAAUUCACUGGUGCCACCUGUAUUGUUCCCUAUCUGCAUUGUAGUCUUGCGAACAAUGGUCUUUGAUAACUCAUAACAGUGUUGGUAUUCACCCACAACCUCCAAGCCUGUAAAUAAUGUAAAAAUCUCAUUUGUACAUGUGCUGUAUGUGUGACAGGGUUGACUCACUACUCUUGUUUAAUGCCUCUGAAUGAGCGCAGUCAGUGGGGCAGCCAUCUAUUCUGCUGACAGGCACAGGGACUCUCCCAGACUGGGACAGACUGGAGCUGGACCAUGCGGCUGAGCCGAGCCGUUCGGCCCGGGACUGCUGCUGUGCUGGAGAGCGAGUUUAGAGGUGAGUAUUAUGGAGCUGAAGAGUCUGCCUCCUCCUUCAUAUACUGCUAAGAAAAACCCUCUGGUACACCCACUAUCAUGAUUCCAGAGUGUGAUACUGAAGUGGAUAAUGAUUGAGUGUCCAUCCAUCACAUUUCCAGGUGUGGGACCUCAGGGUUCGAGGCUGGGAGAGCCCCACGCAGCCCCUCACGUUCACCUGAGUGCCAUGAUGUCUGCUGGCAUGAAUGACAUCUGUGGCUCUGUGUACAAUAUAACUUGUAUUCUCUUUGAAUAUAUAUCUUGUCUAUUUUGCACACUAAUUUAUUCUGGCUGACUCCCUAUGGUGAGCAGUAUUCUUUUUUAUAAAAAAAAAUAAAAACAUUUCUUAAAAUGGAAACACACUGGUGUCAGUGAGUCUUUUUAAAGUUACAUGCACUCUGCUGGUCUUUUGUAUGAGCUGCCUUUGACAGCUCUUUUUAGUUGGGAGUCAGAGGUGUGAAGCACGGCUUCCUGCAGAGCUACAUCCUCCAGGUGUGAAGUCUGGCCAUGAGGUGAAAGAGUUCAGUGGCAGUCCUCACUUCAAAAGACAUCAAAGAUAGCCCUGUUCACACAUUAUUCACUUAGGUUGAAAGCCUUUUCAGAUUAAACCAAAGGAGGAAAAGAGAUAAUACAGCCCAGAGC